CCAGAAGGCAAUCCACAUUUUCUACCCGAGACCGUGUGUGUCAGCAGCAGCCUCAAGUACCCAUAUGGCCAAACUUGAAAAGAGUUGGUUGGCCAUUCUUCCACUCCGCAACAAGAGUCCACGUUCAUAACUCGCGUUCUUUUCUCCAGUGACUGUGUGCCACAGCUUAUUUUGUUUAAAAAAACAAGUGAGGAGUGAACAGUUCGAUCAGCUUUGGACAUAUUAUUUCCAUACUCCACAUUGAAACCAGUGCUCCAUUGUUCAAAUAGAGCCUUCGGCUUGAGUUCAGAUAGCCAACCGGUGAGUGAUCAUCAUGACUUAUCAUCGUGCGAUGUCGCCUUGACCCGGCGUAAGUGAGCAUGUGUGUGUCCUUUUGAAGACGGAUUGAUAGCAAAUCAAAAAUCAAGAAAGGCUGUUCGUUGCAAAAGAAGAGGGGCUCAAACAAGAUCCCUUCCUUGCCUUCACAUUCCAAGCGGUCGGUCAUCCUUUCUCGUCGCUCCGACACCCUCAGCAACAACAACAACAACAAUUGGUGGCAUCAUCGUUGGUUGACAGUUCCUCAUCUCAUUUGGAACCGUUUCCCUCUAGUCUCUCGCAGACUUUUCGACGGGAAUUUACGUCCAAACCGACUACUACGCACCACUCGAGGUCCAUCUGACGCAUUUAGAACGCAAGUUGUUGAAGCCAUCAACGACGUCAGCGUUAGAAAACGAAGAAAGAAAUUAUAAUCUGAAAAGAGCCACAAGUCCGAGGUGUGGUGAGCGAUCUUCCACCAACUCGAGUUUCUCGCGAAGGAGUCAAGAUUGAUCUCGGUUGAAACCCGGCAAAGCCCCUCCUCGUCCGUGUGUGCCCUAAUUGGUGCCGAACAAGCGGCAUUCCCUCGCACGUCUUUUGGGGAUGAAAGUGGCUGAGAGUUCUUCUCCUCAUAUGGUGUGAAUGAUGCAAUAACAGACACUCACUCGCACAUAUCUUUGUCUCUAAUUAAAAAAUCUCAAAGGAAGACAAAGAAGCCUCCCCUUGACGAGAGAGGUUCAAUCAAGGUAGACGAAGCAGAACCACCAUUGCCACUACUACUGCUAUUACUACUACUACUACUACUACUGCUGCCAUUACUAGAGAUGACGCCGACGCAACCACAAAGGCUGGAAAACAGUCUGAUCACCCAAAGCCGACGAGGAAUAAUCUAUUCAAGCCCCAAAAUGCCGACUCCAAAACCCAGGAAUGCUCUUUUGGCUCGAAUUUUGGUACUUGGCAUCGUGAUGAUGAAUAUUGGAUUAACAUUGGGAAGAAGCCAUGUCUAUUUGGGUGGUUCCAAUCCCGAAGAAAUGAACAAGCCAAUACCUGGAGAUUUUCCACGCAGGGUGGCCAGAAGUGCCGAGUCUGAAGAUGGAGCUCCAAUUGAAGAGGACAAUCCGGAAUCUGAACGAACGGGUCGGUCGAACCAAUUUCCGGUACCACGAGUGGAAAAUGUCUACCAAGAAUGGAAGCCCGUGGAUAACGGCCAUCCCUUACGAGAUGUUACCUUAACCUAUCGAGUUCCAGCUCUUGAGCGCGUGAGCUUGAGCCAAUAUGACAGUCAUUAUCGGCAGGAACAUGGCCGCAGUGGCGACUCUUUGUUCCACCAACCUUCGCUCGUGGUUCCAGCCACGCCGAAGGAGGUCAAGAAACACCACGGGUACUCGGUGUACGGAUCCCCCGAUAUCAAUUACUCACAAUUGUAUGAUUUGCCCAUUCAUCAAUUGCCCUCUCACAAUGAACACCUGCCGGGUAGCCGUGAACCGCCCAUCUCAUUCCACCGUCAAGCCUACAACUCAGCCGCUGCCAGUCGAAGUGCGGAUGAGUUCAAUGAGCCAAGUCAAGCCAAACGCAGAGAGGGCAUUGGCGGCGGAUUCCAAUACAUCGAGCCUCCAAACCGUCACAAGAGCAACGACUAUUUCUACUACACUGAAGACUCUCCCUACUACCAGGCCAAAUUGUCUAUUCGACCAAGUGAGCGCCAAGACAACAUAGAGGACUUUGAUGCGGUUCCACGGCCGUUCGUUCCCAAGCCCGUAUAUGUUCGACUUCCCCGACCAGCGCCAAGUAAGCCCGCCAAAGGCAAUGCCAAUGCCGUUGUGUAUUCGUUCAAGUCUCCCUUUGGCCAGAAGAAGAAGGUCGGAGUGAUUUUUGAUGAUACCGCCGAGCAAGGACCUCAGUUUAACAACAUCUUCUCCAGCAACGAAGAGCUCAUCCGCGAGAAUGCUACACCAUCCCCUGUCAAGACUAUUCCUCUCAACCAUACGCCGCCCACUCGCCCGCCCAAUUCACGUGAACCAUCACAUCAGGACAUUGUUAGUGGAGUGAUCCAUCAUGUGCAUCACGAUCCCAAGACACUGCGGCACAUUCCCCUGAAAAGGGAACCUAUCCGGGUGCAAUCGUUUCCCUUAGGAAACCCACGUAACCAAGAAUCGUUCCAGGCCCGACCCGACUUUUUCCCUGUGCAAAACCACCCACCCAUCUAUCGAACACGCCCAUCGCACUUGGAAGGCCAAUUUGGUCCAGCCAUUCCUCCCAAGCCUGAGCCAACCAGGAUCCAUUUCCAUGACGAAGAGGAAGAGAUGCGAUUGAUGCACAAGACGCCUCGUAUCGUCAUUCAGACCCCUGAGGAACGCCAAGCUGAAGCGCAAGUGGUGUACAAGACUGUCCGAGACAUGGAUUAUGCCCAACCUCAAAAGAUCAUGCAAGUCAAGGAAUCGGGUGAGCUCUUCCAUGCUCCUGAAGGGCGCGAGUACUCUCUCAUCCCUUUAGCUCCAGGGGCUAACGGACCCGAACCCCACUUACUUCAGCAGGUCGAGGAUUUGGACGUGGCUCAAUCUAGGGAUUCACAAUGGCUACCAGAUUUUUCCGAUGCCAUUGAUGGAGUAACGGAUGACGUGAACGAGCCCUUGGACAGUUUUGCUGCAAGACCUUCUUCAACCACGAAAAGACCCAAUGUAGUUUUCAAGGAGCAAUCUAUUCGUACUGUUGUUCCCCGAAGACCAACCAGACCCUCAUUUGCUUUUCCUAAAGAAAAGGCACAAGCCAAGCCGAAGAGGCCCUCAUUUAAUCCAGACCCAUUCGCGUUCAAAGAAGAACCAAGUUCAAAGAUAAAAUCGGUUCGUCGCCCAAUCAGACAGAAUCCGACACAACGCCCAAUUCAAAGAGAUGAAAGCACUUCACCACAAUACUCCAUCGUCGUCGGUGCCAACUACGACGAUAAUGACUUCAAAGACAAUGUCGACGAUGAUCAUAUCAGCAUUGAUGAUGGAGUUGAGGAGAACCAAAAGGACAAGCAACAACCACAAAAGAAAGGAUACAGCCCUCAAGAGCUGUACGAAUUAUGCAUCAAAGAAGUCCCAGAGUAUCUAAAGGAGCAGUUAUGCCAACACGUGCUAGAUAAGAAGCAAACUAGGAAGAUUGACAACUUUGGCGAUAGGGUGACCGGAUCAGUGGAGCCGUUGUCAGUAGGAAGUGUCUCAUCUUCGAUUAACAAGAAGGCUAGCCCAUCGAAACCACCGGUACAAGAAACCGGACCGUCUGUUAUUCAGACUUUGUCCAAGGUAAAGGUGUAUAAGCCGGGGAAAGAGGAAAAGACAGUGUCUACCACAACAAAGGCCACUGUUGUUUCUUCAACAACUCUGAAAACAACUACAGAUCCUCCAACAUCAACCUCUAUUCCGGUCUCUACCCCUGUUUCAAAGCCCUCUCCUGAGCCUCUUGUUGCCUCCACCCCAAAGACCAAAACCACUAUCAGCCCCACCACUUCUAAGGCCACAACAAAACUAACAACUAGCACUACAACAAAACCAACAACUAAGAUAUCAGUAACAAAACCAUCUGCUAGGACAACAAUAACAACAACAGCAGCAGCAACAACAACAACAGCAACAACCAUCAAAGCUGAGAGCGACGAAGAUGCCGAAUCCAUCACAGAAUCGCCCAUUUCGCUGACUUCAGAUGUAACCACGUCCGAGCCUAAGAGGCCUCGUCGACCCAGGCCCCCUCCUCGACCAAAUGCGUUCCUCCAAGGUCUCACCAGUUUCUUUUUGGGCACAUUGUCGCCUGCCCAAAAGCCAGGGCAAUCCCCCUUCCCAGGCCAAUCUCCACGAUUGCCGCCUCGAAGAAAGGUGGGAGAGGCCCAAUCCCAUACCCUUCAAAAUCAAAAGUCACCCUCCGCCCCUGAGUUCAAGGUCCAAAGAGGUGGAGGUGGUGGUGAUGUUGUUAUUGAUGAUGCGCAAAAAGCAUAGUUCUGGGCCAUAAACUAAUUGAGUGGUGCUAUAGAAGUUCUCCUCCUUUUGGGGGGAAUGGGGGGCUCCUCCCUGACUGUGUCAAUUGCCUGAGUGGGAUAGCGAGCAAGGUCUUCUUUUCUGUUUGAUCCAAGUUGGGCAUUCUGACAACUUUUGAAACUUGAAGGUGCGAACGUCAAGAGAAUUUGAUUCUGAAUGAAUGCAUGAAUGACUGAAUCAAGGGAAUGAAUAAUGGCUGGGGUAUUCGUGUAUGGAUGUAGAGAUGAUUAUUUAUGUAUCUGCUGAUCGAUCACGGAAUUGUCGCAUCAUCAGCUUGUCAUUAAGUUCCUAGAUGGUGGUCCUUGAAAAAUCAGUCAUCCCAAAGAAAGUAUUCGGUCAACCGCACGAACACUUUCUGACCGUCAAAGCUCAGGGAAGAUUUUUCAAGACUUCAUUCUCAAAAUUAUUCAUAGCAAUCAUCAAAAACUAUAAUUGGAAUCAUCCCACCAAUUGUAUUAGCAAUUAGAUUAUGUCCUUCCAAUUCAUUUAUAUGUACAAUACCCAUUGAUUGAUGUUGAGUCAUUUCUAUUUAUCACUGAUCUAUUUAGGCAACGAUUUUGUUCUACGUACUUCAAGCUAUUGCACUAACGAAAAUGGCAUGGCUUGAAAUUCUCUGUUAUGGGUGAUCUUAACUUAUAUCUAUUAAAAUAUAAAGCAUGUCAACAAAAUAUUUGCCCAUGAAAACAAUGACAAGUUUUGUUGUACCAUAAUAUCUUCCCUUGAUAUUCAAGAACCUAAUCCAAACACAUUUCAGCUCGUUUCCAUCACUCUGUGUCACACUUUUCGUUCGAAAAACAUAUCCCGCUGAAAGCUCCACAAAAACCAUCCCAUGGUAACACUAAAAUAGAGUAACCAUCAAAACCUGAUUUUGAUUGGAUAAUGUAUUUUCAUAUUGAAGAAAUAGAAUGUCGUGUUCGAUAAGUGUGUUUGCGCUAUUUACUCUACUCUACAAUGUACAGUAGUGCGUACAUGUUUGGAUAACAAAAAUCAAAUGCUGAGGUGCCAUGUGUGAUUGUACUCUAGAUUUGUCAUCUGACUCAUUGGUUCCCUUGUCUCAAUAUUUAAACGGAACCAACACUAUUCCUGAUUUUUCUCCGAAAACAGAAAAGUUUGUCACAGUCAUCAUGAGAAAACUUCAGGCCAAUCACAGAUGGGAGACAACGCAAGGAGUGUAUGAAAUAUAUGUGUUCGAAACAAUGAAAAAAAUGACU